AUGGUCAACAAUGCAAUUCAUCAGACAGCAAAAGGGAAUCAGUCUCAGCCAUCCUACAUGCAGAUGUUUGCUUUCUCCAGGCAAGCAGCAGCAGGAAGUUAUGAAAUAUCAAAUGCAGCAGAGGUCUUUCAAACCACUCUGCUAGUUCUAAAGAAAAAGGAGAGUAAGAGGCAGAAAAGAUCUGUCUCUGUUUCAGAGCUUCUUUCCCUGGAGGAAAUGGAGCUGAUAGCAAAUCUGUCUGGGUGUCCUCCACCCCUACAGCCAGCCAGCUGUCCUAUAGGAGGAGAUUCAGAGAAAUACCGCACCAUCUCUGGAGUGUGCAAUAACAGAAAUAAACCUCUUUGGGGAGCAGCCAGUACGGUCUUGGCCAGAUGGCUCCCAGCAGAGUAUGAGGAUGGAGAAAGCCAACCAAAAGGCUGGAACAUUGGGUACCAGUACAGUGGCUUCCGUCUCCCCCCAGUUCGGGAAGUCAGCAACAAAAUUAUGCAAAUCUCCAGCCAGUGCUGCUUAGAAGAUGAGGCGUAUUCCCAGAUGCUGGUGGACUGGGGUCAGUAUAUAGACCAUGACAUCUCCUUCACUCCUCAAAGCACAAGCAAAGCUGCCUUUUUGGAGGGAUUCAACUGCCAACACAUGUGUGGAAAUUCCAAUCCUUGCUUUCCGAUUCAGAUUCCUCUGCAUGAUAAACUGUUUGGAAGUAAGAGCUGUCUCCCAUUUUUCCGCUCGGCACCAGCCUGCCUAAAUGGCCCGACACACACUCUGCACCCACAACAGAUGCUGCAGAGACAGCAGAUGAAUUCAAUCACGUCCUUCCUCGACGCAUCUACUGUCUACGGACACUCUGUAGAAUUACAGAAAAUGCUCAGAAACUUCUCGAGCUCUGAGGGUUUGCUCGCAGUUAACAGUGAACACACUGAUGCUGCAGGCCGUGCUUACCUGCCGUUUGUCAAUAACCCCACGUCUGCAUGCUUCCAAGAGUCAGGUACAGGCCCGAGAAAACGCCUGGAGUGUUUUCUCGCUGGAGAUAGCAGGGUGAACGAGAUUCUGCCUCUGAUUGCUCUUCACACGCUCUGGGUGAGGGAGCACAAUCGCAUUGCCGCACGAUUGAAACAACUGAAUAGCCACUGGAGCUCCAAGACGAUCUAUCAGGAGAGCCGGAAAAUCGUCGGAGCUUUGCAUCAGAUCAUCACCAUGAGGGAUUAUAUUCCAAAAAUCAUAGGAGAAGAAGCGUUUGAUCAAAUCAUUGGACCUUAUGAGGAUUAUGAUGAUACUAUAAAUCCUUCUGUCUCGAAUGUGUUUGCCACCGCCGCAUUCCGCUUUGGUCAUGCCACCAUCUCGACACACAUCAGGAGGCUGAAUGAGAGCUUCCAGGAGCAUGAACACUUUCCUUCCUUAAAACUGCAUCAAACCUUCUUCAGUCCAUGGAGAAUAAUCAGAGAAGGAGGAUUGGAUCCAAUAUUACGAGGUCUCAUAAGCCGAGCAGCUGCCAGACAAAACCAACAUCAUCUGAUGAAUGAGGAGCUCACAGAGAAGCUCAUGGUGCUCACUAUUCCAGAGGCACUUGAUCUGGCAGCUCUAAACCUCCAAAGAGGACGAGAUCACGGCCUGCCAGGUUAUAAUGCCUGGAGGGUGUUUUGUGGAUAUGACAGAGUGCAAAGCAAAGCAGAUCUGAAGGAUGUGAUACAUGACAAGGCUUUGGUGGAAAAGAUAAUGGAACUGUAUGGGCAUCCUGAUAAUAUUGAUGUGUGGCUGGCAGGUCUGGUAGAGGAUUCAGUGCCUGGCACUAGGACAGGCCCUCUGUUCGCAUGCUUGAUCGGAAAACAGAUGAAGAUGCUCAGAGAAGGUGACAGAUUCUGGUGGGAAAAGCCAGGUGUGUUUUCCCAGCAGCAGAGACAAGAGCUACAGAGACACUCACUGUCUCGAGUCUUAUGUGACAACAGUGGGCUGACAGAGGUCCCCACUGACCCCUUCCGUGUAGAAAUGUACCCUGAACACUUUCUAUCAUGCACAAAUAUACCUUCAAUGGACCUGGAUGCCUGGAAGGAGGACCCUGAAAAAGGUAGUACAUGUUAA